AUGUCUCUUGCUUCAUCUUCUUCCAAUAACCGCGCUAAAAGAGGCGGGGCUGCGUCGACCCAAAACAACGCUUGUAUUGUUCCCGAUCUCUUGAAAGACGACGCUCAACCUCUAGAGGCAUUCAAAGAGCUCAAUGAAUCUCUCUUUGGGCAGCAUAUCAUCCGAGAAAGCACACUCGCUUCAUUCCAGGCCACAAACUGCUUUGCCACUAUUCCUAACGCAGAAGAAACCGCCGACAUCCGUCGUGCUAUAUCCAGUGCCUCUCUAAUGAGACAGGAACUCGGCGAUGUGAUAGCUGCGCUGGGCUAUCUUCAGAAGUCGCUUGGUAUCUUCUCCGACACCUACAAGAGAUCGAUCUCCGCUGUUGGCCGUCUACCCGCGGAAAUUCUAACGGAUAUCUUUCUGCUAUCGCGCACUCAGUACCUCGGUAUUGAGCAUUCCGCACACAAAACCGCUCGAAAUAUUGUCCACGCCUCCUUCAACGUAGCGCAGAUCUGCAAACACUGGCGAAACAUAGCUCUGAACACUCCAAGGCUGUGGAACACUAUCCAUCUCAUCGGGGCGAAGGACAUCGCCACCGAGCGGCUAUAUGCGCAGCUGGAGAUCCUCUCAAGGACGGCCUCUGUGUCGCCAUACCUGGUAAUCGGCCUUCCUGCAGCACAUGUCCGCUUUCUACAGCGGUGCGAUAACAAGGAGCUUCUACGGACGUUCCAGAAGAAAUGCAAAGGGUUAGACGUCUACACCGUCCAAGAGAACAAGAACCAUCCUAAUCAUAUCGCUGACUAUGCCAGUAUAUGGCCUGUGCUGAUUGGCUUCAAACAACUUGAAAAACUGACACUUUCUGACGUCCUUCUCUCUGAACCUGCGAUCGAACACACUACGUGGGUGAACUUGACCCACCUUCAUCUGCAAACAAAAGGAGGUCCAAUUACUAGCGCAUUCUUCGGCAUGUCUCCCAUGCCUGACCUGAGGGUUCUCAUUCUCCACUUAGUCGGAGAAAUCCGUCUGGACCUUGAUUUCUACCCCAACCUCACGGACUUGUACUUCAGCGGCUCGAUCAAAGCCGACCCUUUCUACCACGAAAAACUCGAACGUCUGCUCAUUUCUGACGACAAAGCCCUAGGAAGCUUUCUAGAAGCGGCGACUCUUCCCUCUCUCAAGGAACUUGGGACAUACAUCAACGACAUAACAGAAGCGCCCCUGACUGAAUUCUUACUCCGGUCGACAGUCCCGCUCAGGCGACUUACGUGUAUCAACAUAUUAUUUCGCUUCCCGAAACUGGUGACUCACCAAGCUGAGCCCAUGGCCCUCGGAAACCAGAUUGGCAAAACGUUCUCUGUCCCUCUAGUGGAAUACUACGGUUCCUGGCUCAAUACGCAGAUGAUGCUUGAUUUGAAAACUAGAUGGUAUGCGCAGAGCUGA